AACUUAAACAAAACAAGCGAGCUGAACCCACACGAGUAUCUGAGUUUAACAGAAUUUAACAACCAUCCAGAAGGUUAAAUACAAUAGGUUUAAGCCUUCAUUAAUAAAUAAUCAUUAAUCAGACAGCCGUUAUUCUCGCAGCUCGAGCGGAACGCGGCAGAGCUCCUGUGCUGGCGGUAUUUUUAGCUCCGGGUUUUUCUCCGCUGCUCUUUAAUGUCAGAGGUCUCUCACACACCGGCUCUAUAGACCCGGACUGAACCCGCGCUGCUCUCAGUCCCUGUUAGAGAUGCUGGUUUUCAGGUUCGGGGUGAUUCUGACCCCCGCCCGCCCGGACACGGAGGUGUUUGUGCUGGGCUCCCGCCCGGAGCUCGGCCACUGGAGCCCCGAUAAAGCCGUCCGGAUGAGCGCGGCGCGGCCGCUGCUGUCCACCCGCGAACCCUGCCUGUGGACCGGCCAGGUGCAGCUCGCCGAGCCGUUCACCGACAAGCACUGGUUCAAGUUCAUACAGCGGGUCGACGGGAACUAUGUGUGGGAAGGUAACGGUCCCCAUCAUGACCGAGAGUGUGUGUACGACGAAAGAAACAUGGUGGACGGGGUGUACUGUCACCCGAUUGGUCACUGGAUUGAGAAGAGCGGGCAUACAGACGAGAUGAAACACACUACAGACUUCUACUUCAGUGUCGCUGGAGAACAGGCCAUGCACUUCUCUAAGAUUCUGCCCCGGGUGUGGUUGGGAAGUUGCCCUCGGCAGGUGGAGCAUGUGACCCUGAAGCUGAAGCAUGAACUGGGUGUUACAGCUGUGAUGAACUUUCAGACAGAAUGGGACAUCUUGAACAACUCACACGGCUGCCGUCGAAACCCAGAUGAUCACAUGACCCCAGAGACCAUGAUGCACCUGUACAGAGACUGUGGCCUGGCCUAUGUGUGGAUCCCCACACCGGAUAUGAGCACAGAGGGUCGUGUACGAAUGUUGCCUCAGGCUGUGUUCCUGCUCCACGGCCUGUUGGAGAAUGGUCACACGGUCUAUGUACAUUGUAAUGCCGGUGUUGGACGCUCCACGGCUGCAGUGUGUGGCCUGCUGAUGUACGUGUUGGGCUGGAGCCUCAGGAAGGUGCAGUACUACCUUGCGGCCAAGAGGGCGGCAGUGUACAUCGACGAGGAGGCUUUGGUACGAGCGCGGGAGGACUUUCAUUUAAAAUUUGGACAUUUACGCUCUUCUGUCUGCUGUGCUGAACUGUAAGACAUGAUCUGAUGUCUUCAUAAUGUGAUGUUAUCAUUUUAAUAAUGAGUUAAAAGUUUGGAGUAGCCCAAAAUUUCACUAUUGUUUGACUUUUCUUUCAUUAUAUAUGGAUGUUAUAGACACAAAAUAAAUUUCGAUUUGAUCUAGAA